AGUUUCAAUUUUUUUAGGUUAGACUUCUACUUGUGAUUUGGAACUUUAGCAUAUUAUUUGUAUUGAGUUGUGUAUUUAAAUAACAUUAUUAACCGUUAGUUACCUAUUAUUUUAAUUUUCUUUAUUAUAAUAAUAUUUAUGAAGCUAUUCUAUUUAAUUUAGUCAUAUUUAUUCCAUAGGAACGCUUGAUCAACAACACUCUCCGAUGCAGCUAUUCUGUGGUAAAGCAAUCAAAGUCUUGGCCCAAUCUUCUGUGGUCAAGAAUUUGUCUGUCAGAAGAAUGUGCUCCAAAAAACCUGUUCUAUGUGAAAUGAUCUGCGAUAAGGGGAUAAUCACUCUCAGUAGGCCGGAGAGACUCAACUCAAUGAACGAUGAAAUGGUAGAGAUCAUUGGAGAUACCCUGGCUGAAUGGAAGAAUAAGGUGUCGAUGGUGAUAAUCAAAGGCGCGGGGGGCGGGGGUUCUGCGCGGGAGGGGAUGUUGUCGGUCUGACCCGCAACGGAGUGGACCGCUGUCACGAGCAGACCAACUUCUUCAAGAAGGAGUACGCAUGAACUACCUGGUGGGCUCAUUCAGCGCGCCGUACGUGGCGCUGAUCGACGGCAUAGUGAUGGGUGGCGGGGUGGGGGCAUCGGUGCAUGGACCUGUGCGCAUUGCUACCGAGAAGACCCUCUUCGCCAUGCCCGAGACAGCCAUCGGCCUCUUCCCCGAUGUGGGGGUCAGUCACGUGUUAGCACGCAUGCCGCACCAUCUCGGAUUCUAUCUAGGUUUGACGGGACACCGUUUGAAAGGCGUGGACGUAGUGAAAGCAGGCAUAGGCACUCACUUUGUCGACAGUCAAAAAAUGCCGCAACUCUACGAGGGCCUCGUCAACCUGAAAGACCCGGCUUCGAACCUCGCCGACUUCCUCAAAUCGAACACUAAAGACAUCUCGUCCGAGAAGUUCGUCCUGGAACCUCAUUUGGGGCUGAUCGACCGCUGUUUUUCGGCGCCUACCGUUGAGGAGAUUCUGGAGCGGCUGGAGAGCGACAACUCGGCGUUUGCUGUGGAAGCGUUGACCAGUUUGAGAAAGAUGUCGCCGAUCUCGAUGAAAAUCACCAGGAAACAGAUCGAGAUGUAUCGAACCAAAUCGCUGCAGGAGUGUCUGCUGAUCGACAAUCGACUGGCUAGAUCGGCGAUCGAUGCUACCGUUUCAAAAGACUUCUAUGAAGGUGUGAGAGCAGUUUUAAUAGACAAAGACCAGAAUCCCAGAUGGGAUCCUCCAACACUAGCAGCUGCCACUGAUGCCUUAGUGGAAGAAGCUUUCAAAAAACUGCCACCCAUCGAAGAGGAGCAAGUUAAAACUAUGCUGGAAAUCGUGGAUGAUAGCCGAUUAUGAAAAUAAUUAGGCUCCAAUCAUCCAAAAUUAUCCAAAUUCCCAAAUUAUCAGGACUUUUGGAUGAUAAAACUUGUCAACCAACCAUGAAAAAAUGCAAACUUCUGGACUACUUGAUAUGUUGAACCGUAUCUACUUAAUGGGACUUAAAAAUGAUAUCUACUUAUUAGACUGACUUCGUGAGCCUUAUUUUGAUGUGUCUAAUUUGAGUGUGUGAGAAAAUAUUAUGAGGGGGUGUGAUUAGGGUACAGUAUACCAAAUAUUGUGAUUCACCACUAUAUUUUUGUUUAAUAGUUGAUCAUUAUAGUAUCAUACUUUUUGAAGCUAUUGUUAAGUUUUAAUGAUCUGUUUUUAAUUAUACGUUUAUUUUUGCUACUGAA